AUGCCGCCGGCCGGCCGCGCGCAGGGGCGUGUCGCGGCGCACGCGGUCAGGCAGGAGCCGGUCGAGGAGCGCUCAGCUCGCCGGUCAUGGGAUGGCCGCUGCAAGCAGCGGGUGGAACGAGGGAGGGAGAAGCCUCCGCGGCGCAGUGCCCCUCCGGCGAGCCACUCGGGGAGCUACGGAGGCGGCGCGCCGGUAUCGACCAGGCGGCAGGCCGGGUGGACGGUGUCCGGAAUGCCAACCGGGUGGACGGUAUUUGAAAUACCGUCCACCCCUAGGCCCCCUCUGUCCGUCAGAUGGGAGAUGUGCGGGCCAGAUCAUCGUCUGCGGGACAAGGGAGCCAUCGUCAUCGCCUGGCCAGGCCUCCGGCGCGCGCGGAAGUUGGAUGGCGGAGUGCCCGUAGGCCUGGUGGAGCGCGGCAGCAGAGGAGGCGAUGGAGAUGAUGCUGAUGUAGCCAUUAUUGGGGCGUCGAGCAGUGGAACUACUGCUGCUGCUGGUGGCAAAGGCAAGGGUAUCGCCAGGGAAUCAACCACUGGUGUUGUGACCGAUGGUAGGAGCACGAGCACGACGGCGGACACCGGCAUUGAGGUGGUCUACGAAGAUGGGAGGCGGGUCAAAUUAAAAGGGUCCAUUGAGUAUGUAUGGAGCCAUGGUGAGAAGCUGCAUGCUAUGAUGAGAGAGAAGAUAGGAGGAGAGCUGAUUCGGUGGAACGCCACUAGGUUUGGCACGGUUUACCUAUUUCUUCAGAGUUUUUGGGAUAGGAAGGAUCAAUUUAAGUUAUGGAUGGCAUCUAAGGACUGGGAGGAUUGUGCAUGGGCUGGUGAAGAGGACCAUGAAUACACUGAGGCUUGUUUGUCCCAAAAGAAUUGGUGGAAUGAUAUGGAGUUGGUGUUAAAAGCUGUCUCACCAAUAUAUACUGUCCUUCGGUUUGCUGAUCAGCAGAAAAAUGCUACUGUAUCUGGAUUUCUUGAAAAAAUGACACGUGCUGUAAAGGACAUAAGUACCAAUUUAAGUGACCGAAGACAUAAAGAUCUCCUUGACAGUUGGAAGCAAAUAAUCAACAAAAGGCUUCACUAUCUUCUUAAUGAUACUCUCAUAGUUGCAGCUGCUGCACUAGACCCAAAAACAAUUUAUACUACCAAGCUUUCAAAAAGUUCAAAAUGCAAACAUGCUGUAACAUUGGCUCUGAAGAAGCUUGCUCGUUCAUCUUCAAAGGCUUCCGCUGCAAUUGACCAAUAUAUCCUCUUUAGAAAGCAAGGAAAGUUAUUUGGAGGAGAAGAGGCUCGAAGGUCGGCCCUUAAUGGCCGUGUGAGUGCAGCUGAUUGGUGGGAUCAAUAUGGCGGGGACUACCCGGACCUGCAAUACUUUGCAAAGCGUAUUGUUUCACAAUGUAUGUCUUCUAGCGGCUGUGAAAGAAAUUGGAGCACCUUUGCCUUGGUUCAUACCAAAUUGAGAAAUCGUUUAAGUUAUGACAAGCUCCAUAAAUUAGUUUAUGUGCACUAUAAUUUGAAGUUGCGCAUCCAACUAUUUCAAGACGAAAUGCAAAGCCUUCAGGACAUGCAAUGCCAUCUUGAAUCAGAUUCUGAUCCUUGUAGCAUCUUGAUGGAUUGUGCUAUGUAUGAUGAAGACAACCCGAUCAUGGAUUGGUUGUGCAACUCUAGGAGUCAGUCAGUACCGACUCUUGAUGAAUAUGUUGAUAGUGAUCUUGACCUUGAACCACCCAAUCCUAGUGCAUUUAUUGUAGAAGAGUUGGGGAUGGACGAAGCAGAGGUGGCUGCAUUUAAGAAUGUUACUUUUCCCAAAAAACGUGGUAAGAAAAGAAGGUUAGCAUAUGAGGAAGAAGAGGAAGAAGAUUUUGCAGAUGAUGUUGAAUCAGAUUCUGCGCAAGGUAGCCCUACGUAUGUCGAGUCAGGGGACAGCAGCUCUGAUGAUGGAGGUGAUAAUGGUGAGUUUUCAGUUUUGAUUGUAUUCUCCACAUUCUUUGUAUUAAGUUUGUCAAGGCCACAUAUAUUCGAUCAAAAUGUUAUUUUUGUCGAAGGUCACGGUGAUGAUGGUGACAUUGGACGGGCUUGUGGUGAUGAUGAACCUGCUGGAGAUCCAAAUAAUGGUGGUGGUACAAAUGAGCUUUGA